CUAAUCUUGAUGAAAAAGGAAUCUGGUGGAAAAUGUUGAGAUCCUCGUUUCGGCUUCUCUAUAUAACAAGAACCAAUCUUCUGGUUCGAGCUUCACCAUCAUCGCUCUCUCGACUCCCAUCCAAGUUCAGUUCUGCGAAACCACUUGUCAGUUCUCAUCAUCAGAUUCCGUUAUCGACAACGGGAGCUAAACUUUCUAGGUCGGAACAUUCCAUGGCUGCUUCCUCCGAACCCAAAUCCAUCUAUGACUUCACCGUCAAGGAUGCGAAGGGAAACGAUGUUGAUCUAAGCACUUACAAGGGGAAGGUUCUGUUGAUUGUCAACGUUGCUUCUCAGUGUGGCUUGACCAAUUCGAACUAUACUGAACUUGCACAGCUGUACCAGAAGUACAAAGACCAUGGGUUUGAGAUCCUUGCAUUCCCCUGUAACCAGUUUGGUAAUCAAGAACCUGGUUCUAAUGAAGAGAUUGUUCAGUUUGCUUGUACCCGUUUCAAGGCCGAGUACCCCAUCUUCGACAAGGUUGAUGUGAACGGUGACUCGGCUGCUCCAAUCUAUAAGUUCCUGAAAUCAAGCAAAGGUGGGCUUUUUGGAGACGGAAUCAAGUGGAACUUCGCCAAGUUCUUGGUUGACAAAGAUGGGAAUGUUGUGGACCGUUACGCCCCAACUACUUCCCCUCUCAGCAUUGAGAAGGACCUGAAGAAACUGUUGGGAGUUACUGCUUAAGCAACUAAUAGGCGCAAGUAUUCAAAUAAAAGCUCCUAUAGUAUUGUAAUAAGCUGUGUCUAUGUUCUUGAGUGUCUUUGGGAUGAGUCGUCUCCUACUACUUAAAAUCCUCCUUUUUAGUUACUGAUGUGUGUAACAUCGUUGACCUAAAACACAUAUUUACCGCUACUAUUGUAUUCUGCUGUUUCCUAGAAUCGUGGGAAGAAGAAAGCUAGAGACGCUUUCAUAAA